CUCUGACGGAAGUGACAUUGUCGUCGAGGUCACUGAUCCAAGGUGGACUGGAACUUUACAUUAAUUUACUAUUUCGUUAUGAUAACAGCAUAUAUAUUUGAAUGAUUUUGAAGACCAUUUUGAUAACAUCGCUGGGCAGUUUAUGUUUGCGGGGAGAUGUCUGGUGAAGUUCUAAACGAACAGGUAAGAACCUGAGAGUACUGUGCACGAGGAGUUUAGUUUUUUGUUUUUGGGACCGCCUUCAUUGAACAUUGAUUGGUGAAAAAUUACAUAUCACGCGCUGCUAUUGGCUAAACAAAUGAAUGGGCAUUUGGUAUUUGCUACUCGAGGAGGAAACUUUCAAGAAAUAAUCCAGCACGCGAUCACGUAAUGCUGAAAGAUAUCAGUUAUAAGAACAUGUAUUACUCUGAAGUGGUUAAUUGGCUUUCAAUGAAUCACUCCAGAUAUAUAUUUCACAUUGACUUGUUUCUGUGUAGCUAGCUAGUUAAUAGCCCUAUAAAGGACGCCGCGCAUGGGCGUCCUGGGUGAUUAUAAUGCAGAGGCCGAAAAAUAACUGGCAAAAUGUAUUUUUUGGGGGGGAGGUACUUGUUUACGAAAAUCUUGUUAUUGAAAGCUAAUCUAUAAUCCGUAACUCCUUGUCCGUCGGUCAGGAUAGUAUAACGUGUGGAUAUCUGUAUAGAAACCGUCUGAUCCGACUUUUUCUCCAAACCGGCACCUAUAACUCUGCUGUGGUAGAAUACGCGUUUUGUGCUCUGUCUACCACAGCAGCUAGCUUGGAGAAGGGUGCAAUUGCGACCCGUAAUUCGGGGCGUUCCUGUAUGUGGGCAUUACCGCAUCUGCAGGAACCCCUCUUUAUACUUAUAUUAGUACAUUUUUAGGUUAGCGGGAGGCGGGGAUGCUCCAGUACAUUAGGUGGCGUUAAUGCACAAUAAUGUUGGAUUCCAUCUGCAGAUAAACCCUACAGAAGAAGGGGUGGGGCGACAACGGCCGUAGUUGUGAAGUGUUCUUGAAAAAAAUUGACCUUAUUUUAGGGCGUUUUUCACCCUGCCAGCUCCUAUUAGUUCUAUUGAGCACUGUGGCACUAACUCAGCUUCCAAACGUUCUAUUCCCAGCCCAUUGUUCUGCAUCACAAUGUCAGCUUCGCUAUUGUUGGCAAUGAGACCUGCUGGCGUUAACCCUGUAUACUUACCUCAGGUAACUUAUUAUUAACAAGGUUAUGGCUACUUUGUGCGCAAGCUCACUGUUCGCCUGGGUACACGUUGUGGUGACCCACAGUGCUAGCGAUGUCUGGCGCAUAGCCAUCAAACGUUAAACAUUUUCUGGUCAAGGUUAACCAUAUUUAUUUUCAGAAAAAGGUGUAAAACCUAAACAAAAUGCAUGUCCCUGUCCUCUUUUUCAAGAUGUGGCCAAUUUAAACAGCCGGAAGACAUUUUGUAGUGAAAAGAGAACUUUUUUUUUUUUGACGAUUUGUUUCUAAAUGGCUGCUGGGUAAUUUGAUAUGCGUCGAAAUCUGUUCGUUCGUGGGCAUGGAAUUGAUCGAAUGCUGCGCAGGUUCACUGAGUUGCAAACUAAAUGGAUAGGUCUAGCUGAUUGAUUUGUAGAUCUGACGCAGUCGUUACCUCAGAUUAUGAGCCUAGCAAGUGUCGCGAAUGAGGUAUGUAGUACCCGCAGAAGGCCACAGGGAGGAGCAAGAGGGCUAUAAACGCAUACCGUUUUUUGCCUUAAAAACCCUAAACCUACGCAUAACCUAUUUUAGGCCAAACCCUAACCCUAAUUUUAGGGUAGGGUAGCCUAAAACUUGUAGAAACUAUUUUAGUUAUAUAUUAUGUUACUAAAUACCAUUUAUAGUGCUAAAUAGCAUUUUGAUUAUUUCUUUACAUCAAAACCUAUGUAAGCAUUUUGCAGUUUUUUUCUUAUUUUUAUUAGUUAUUUUAUGAUAUUUAUUAUGGAAAGUCAGAACACUUGAUAAAUAAGCCACAUUAUUAAUAUUAUUUUUUAAUGUGGUUUGAACUGGGUUUGACCUAGUAACCUCUAUUUAAAAGUCCAGCAAUUGGCGUGGGAUAGGUGCGACAGGUUUGAGACUGAUCUCAGGAAUUAAUAAGAAAAAUACACUUUAUUUCUCAGCUGCCUCACCAAUGUCUUUAUGUGAAUUAAUAACUUUUAAUUGCUAAAUAUUUAUAAUAGAUGGCAGCAUAAGACCAUGAAGCAUCAGUUAUAGGCUAUAGCAGCAAUAUGAUUGACAUAAAAUAACAUGCAACCAAAGACUAUGUCCCAUGAUUUUCUAAAAUGGUUACUCAUUACUUUACAGUUAUAUAUAUAUAUAUAUAUAUAUAUAUAUAUAUAUAUAUAUAUUAUUAGGCCUGUGUUGCUUUUGGGAGAGCCAAAAAAUCACUAGUCAGGGGCCUCUCGAGUGGCGCAGCGGUCUAAGGCACUGCAUUGCAGUGCUAGAGGCGUCACUACAGACCCGGGUUCAAUCCCGGGCUGUGUCGCAGCCGGCCGCGACCGGGAGACCCAUGAGGCGGCGCACAAUUGGCCUAGCAUCGUCCGGGUUAGGGGAGGGUUUGGCCGGCAUGUCCUUGUCCCAUCGCGAUCUAACGACUCCUUGUGGCGGGCCGGUCGCCAGCUGUACAGUGUUUCCUCUGACACAUUGGUGGGCUGGCUUCCCGGGUUAAGCGAGCAGCGUGUCUCUCGACCUUCGCCUCUCCCGAGUCUGUAACUACCAAUUGGAUAUCACAAAAUUGGGGAGAAAAAACAAAUAAUCACUAGUCAGAUGCACUAACCUCAACCCUAGUAUACAGUGCCUUUGGAAAGUAUUCAGAUCCCUUGACUUUUUCCACAUUUUGUUAGGUUACAGCCUUAUUCUAAAAUUGAUUAGUUUUUUUCCCUAAUCAAUCUACACACAAUGACAAAGCAAAAACAGGUUUUUAUAAAUGUUUGCUAAUUUAUUAAGAAAAAAAAAAAAAAAACGGAAAUGUUACAUUUACAUAAGUAUUCAGACCCUUCACUUAGUACUUUGUUGAAGCACCUUUGGCAGCGAUUACAGCCUCAAGUCUUCUUGGGUAUGACGCUACAAGCUUGGCACGUCUGUAUUUGGGGAGUUUCUCCCAUUUCUUAAAUAUGCAAAUAAAUAUGCAAACAUUUCUAAAAACCUGUUUUCACUUUGUCAUUAUGGGGUAUUGUGUGUAGAUUGAUGAGGAAAACAAAUAAUUUAAUCAAUUUUAGAAUAAAGCUGUAACGUAACAAAAUGUGGAAAAAGGGAAUGGGUUUGAAUACUUUCUGUAUUAGAUAAGUGAUGAUCAAUGAUCAUAGGCUAUAGAAAUAAUCACUGAUCUGACAUAACUUGGUUGGUAGUCUAUGAUGGAAAAUCUCCUUUCACCUAUCCAUCUAUCGGUGAUGUCUUCAAGGAUGGGAGGAAUGAAGGAUGCAUAGGUUAUCCCAAAACAGGGGUAUCAUCUCCGUUAUAGGCUAUGCAUUUCUCUCUGCUAUACCGCUAUUUUAGGCUACCACUUGUUCAUCGUAUAGAGAGGCUAGUUUCUAGACCUGUAAUAGGUUAUAACAAUGGACUGUAAAAUUGCUGUCUCAGAUGGGUCUUUACCCAUGCCCCCUGCCCCGUGGCUAUGCAAGGUGUCCAUCACUGGAGUUUGGGGUCAGCCUGUGAGCCGGCAGGGUAGCGCAAUCCUUCUUUAUGCAAUCCAUGCAUUAGGCUAAAUUCACAAGAUAAGCCUAGUCCUACGAGGCUACUUCAUAGGAUUUGUACAUAAAACACCAUGCCAUUAUGCACAGAUUUGUAAAUUAACCUUCCGUUUGGACAUAUAGGUUUGGCCUAGCUUUUAGACUCUCUGCAAACGAAUAAAAUAUCAACUAGAGAAUUGGAAAAACGAUAUCAAAAUCUCUCUAUUUAUCUCUGUUUUUGCCAUUAAAAUAAUAUUCUGUUAUUCAAUUUGUACGAUUGUAUUAUAUUAUUGGAUUGAUAAGCGUUACAAUCACAGAACAUGCACUGGCAAUGAUUGGAAGAAAUGUGAAAAGAAUAGCCGAAACUCUUAAUUCAGCCCUAAAUACAGCAUGAAGUCAAUGUGUAGGCUUACCACACACACCCACCCACACAACAACUGACACAAUUUCUCAGCAUAUGCCAGGAGACAGAGAGUGGAGGCACUAUACAGUAGUCUUAAGACACUACAGGGCAAAGACACUCAUAGCAGUGCUCAUCACAUACUCCUCACAGACACUUCAUUGUAGAGCCUGAGGAAGAGCUCUAGUCUUCUUUCGCCCUUACCAGGAAGAUCCACCUUUAAGUCAGCCGAAAGAAUGGAGGAAGGACCUUAUAAGUCUGUUAGAGUGAGUGAUUAAGGUUUAACCUGGUACUUGCCUAACAAGCUGGAGUUAUGAGGAAGAUCGCUUAUAAGGAAGUUUAUGUGUUUUUAUUAUCUUUUUUAACAGGAUGGAAACGGAACAGUGAAUCGGGUCAUAAGGAUGGGGACCAGGAAGAGCCAGGUAAAUUCAUUUAUUCAGUCAUUCAUUUAGUUUUAAAUGUAUAUUAUUAUAAUAAUUUUUAUUCACACCUGCGCUGUUGGCGCUCCGAGCUGAAGAAUUUCACUGUACACAGCAACUACAUCUGUGCAUGUGACUAAAUUAAAAUCAAAUAAUUAAUUGAUUCACAAGCUUGUUCAGAUGAUCUACUGUAGGAUAUUUGAUAACUUCAUGUCAUUAAUGUUACUGUUCACUAAUUCUGGUCAUCAAACGUUGACUUAAAAUCAUUCAGUCAUCAUAGUAAAAUAUAUUCUCAAAAAGCCUCUGUAUUCAACCUCCAUAUUAGUAAGGAUUUUUCAGUUGGGAAGUUAGGGAGGGAGGUCAUCUUGAAAAGGGUGGGUCUGUGUGUACUCAUCUGAUAAGAGCUUAUCCCUGAUCUGUCACCAUUGUGAUAGUCACACAAGUGUCUGUGGCCAUGUGUCACAGAUACUGCACAGGCUAUUUAACUCAUGACAAUGCAUACAUUUGUGGUUAACUUGACGUUUAUUAGUAUCCCCAUUAGCUGUUGCACAUGCAGCAGUUACGCUUCCUGGGGUCCACAUAAAAUACAUGAAAGGGUAAAGAACAAUUAUAGACAAGAACAGCAUAAGAUAUUAUUACAUUAAAAUUAAUAUAUUGUCAAGGCACCAAGAGACCAUUUUUAAAAACUAUUUACACACUAUUCAUAUAUACAUAUUCACAUACUUACAGUGGGGAGAACAAGUAUUUGAUACACUGCCGAUUUUGCAGGUUUUCCUACUUACAAAGCAUGUAGAGGUCUGUAAUUUUUAUCAUAGGUACACUUCAACUGUGAGAGACGGAAUCAAAAAUCCAGAAAAUCACAUUGUAUGAUUUUUAAGUAAUGAAUUUGCAUUUUAUUGCAUGACAUAAGUAUUUGAUACAUCAGAAAAGCUGAGCUUAAUAUUUGGUACAGAAACCUUUGUUUGCAAUUACAGAGAUCAUACGUUUCCUGUAGGUCUUGACCAGGUUUGCACACACUGCAGCAGGGAUUUUGGCCCACUCCUCCAUACAGACCUUCUCCAGAUCCUUCAGGUUUCGGGGCUGUCGCUGGGCAAUACGGACUUUCAGCUCCCUCCAAAGAUUUUCUAUUGGGUUCAGGUCUGGAGACUGGCUAGGCCACUCCAGGACCUUGAGAUGCUUCUUACGGUGCCACUCCUUAGUUGCCCUGGCUGAGUGUUUCGGGUCGUUGUCAUGCUGGAAGACCCAGCCACGACCCAUCUUCAAUGUUCUUACUGAGGGAAGGAGGUUGUUGGCCAAGAUCUCGUGAUACAUGGCCCCAUCCAUCCUCCCCUCAAUACGGUGCAGUCGUCCUGUCCCCUUUGCAGAAAAGCAUCCCCAAAGAAUGAUGUUUCCACCUCCAUGCUUCACGGUUGGGAUGGUGUUCUUGGGGUUGUACUCAUCCUUCUUCUUCCUCCAAACACGGCGAGUGGAGUUUAGACCGAAAAGCUCUAUUUUUGUCUCAUCAGACCACAUGACCUUCUCCCAUUCCUCCUCUGGAUCAUCCAGAUGGUCAUUGGCAAACUUCAGACGGGCCUGGACAUGCGCUGGCUUGAGCAGGGGGACCUUGCAUGCGCUGCAGGAUUUUAAUCCAUGAUGGCGUAGUGUGUUACUAAUGGUUUUCUUUGAGACUGUGGUCCCAGCUCUCUUCAGGUCAUUGACCAGGUCCUGCCGUGUAGUUCAGGGCUGAUCCCUCACCUUCCUCAUGAUCGUUGAUGCCCCACGAGGUGAGAUCUUGCAUGGAGCCCCAGACCGAGGGUGAUUGACCAUCAUCUUGAACUUCUUCCAUUUUCUAAUAAUUGCGCCAACAGUUGUUGCUUUCUCACCAAGCUGCUUGCCUAUUGUCCUGUAGCCCAUCCCAGCCUUGUGCAGGUCUACAAUUUUUAUCCCUGAUGUCCUUACACAGCUCUCUGGUCUUGGCCAUUGUGGAGAGGUUGGAGUCUGUUUGAUUGAGUGUGUGGACAGGUGGCUUUUAUACAGGUAACGAGUUCAAACAGGUGCAGUUAAUACAGGUAAUGAGUGGAGAACAGGAGGGCUUCUUAAAGAAAAACUAACAGGUCUGUGAGAGCCGGAAUUCUUACUGGUUGGUAGGUGAUCAAAUACUUAUGUCAUGCAAUAACAUGCAAAUUCAUUACUUAAAAAUCAUAAUGUGAUUUUCUGGAUUUUUGUUUUAGAUUCCGUGUCUCACAGUUGAAGUGUACCUAUGAUAAAAAUUACAGACCUCUACAUGCUUUGUAAGUAGGAUAACCUGCAAAAUCGGCAGUGUAUCAAAUACUUGUUCUCCCCACUGUAUAUACAGUACAGUUAAAUUAGAUCUUUAGAAAGAGGAGAGGUGCAAGUUUUUACUAAACUUGCUUUUUGCCUGAGUAACCUCUGGUGGCAGAGCAUUCCAUGAUGACAUUGCUCUACAUAACUGAUCGACACAUUUAAAUCAGUUUUUUGUUUGGGUACCGUGAAGAAACCCAUAGUGGCAUGUCUAGUGGGAUAUGUAUGUCUAUCUGAAGUGUAUGCAAGUAGAUCAUACAAGUGGUUAGGAAUUUUCAGCACACAAAUGUUUCCUAAAAAGACAAGAAGAGAAGUAGUCAAUCUCUCUUCAACCAGGAAAGACUAUCAUGCAUGUUGUUGAUAUUAGUUCUGUGUGUGCAGUUAAGGGCAAGGCGUGCUGCUCUGUUUUGAGCCAGCUGCAGCUUUGCGAGGUCAUUCUUUGAUGCACCUGACCAAAUUACCGGACAGUAAUCAAGAUCGGACAAAACUAGCGCCUGAACAACUAGUACAGUCGAGUUUUGUCAAAAACACAGAAACUUUUUAUAACAGACAUCUUUAAUACAGCUUUGUCAAUAUGACUUACUUGACCAUGAUAACUGACCAUCCAAUGUUACUCCUAGGAGUUCAGCUUCCUCAACUUGCUCAAUGGUCACACCCUUGACCCAUUUACUGUGUUGGUGUUGCUCAUAUAAUUCAUCAUAACUUCAGAAUUAGCAGAGAGCCCACUCUGGAAAUGUGACAUGUUUGAAGAGUAUAUUGAUCCAAAUAAUGUCUAAAAAGCAAAAGCAAAAAGUGUACACUCGAGAUAUUCAUAUGAAUAUUUUUUAUGUUGAAUGAAUGAAUGUGAACAUUUUUAUUUCAGAAUCUAGAUAUACUCCAUAUGUUAAAGCUAUAGAUUAUAAGGAGGCUAAUGAGACCAAUAUGUUGUCUGUCUAAUGUACGGUUCAAAGAUCAUAACAUCUUACAGGAGGCAUGUAUAUGUCUAAAAAGGGCCUGAAAUGGCCACUUUCAUCAUGAUUUUAAAAAAUAAAUAUCUUUGUGAUACAAAUGUAAAAAGCAUGUCAAACAUCCUUCCUCCCAAUGACGUUUAUAUGUGAGACUUGCCAGAACAAUCUGAGAUACCAAAAAUAUUUUCUGCCUACUCCGGUGUGGAAUCUCACCCUUGUAUUGUACUGACUCAGAUGACUGAUGAUUGGCUAAAGGUAAUGGAUAAUAAGAUGAUAGUUGGAGAUUUAUUGUUAGAUUUCAGUGCAGCCUUUGAUGUUAUUGAUCAUCAUUUGUUAUUGAAAAAACUCAGUUUACAUCACCUACCAUCACAUGGUUGGAGAGUUACAGGUAGCUGCCAAAAUAAUGCAAACAUUUGAGUAAAUGAGGGAUGCAAAGUAUAUUGAAAGCAGGUGCUUCCACACAGGCGUGGUUCCUGAGUUAAUUAAGCAAUUAACAUUGCAUCAUGCUUAGGGUCAUGUAUAAAAAUGUUGGGCAGGCCAUUAUUUUGGCUGCCAUGGCUAUGCCCCCAUAGGAUGACAAUGCCCCCAUCCACAGGACACGAGUGGUCACUGAAUGGUCAGUAGUUAACUUGUUAUUUUGAAAAAUAGCAUUUACUAAGAAUAGUCAGCAAACUGAUUGGAUGGCUGUUAGAGCCAGCAAAUGGUGCUUUAUUCUUUUUAGGUGGUGGAAUUACUUUAACUUCCUUCCACGCCUGUGGACACGCACUCCUUUUAGGCUGUAGUUAAAGAUAUGACAAAUAGGGGUGGCAAUGCAGUCUGCUACCAUUCUCAAUAGUUUCCCAUCUAGGUUGUCUAUACCUAUACCUGGUGGUUUAUCAUUAUUGAUGGAUAACGAUAGUUCUUCCACCUCUCCCACGCUAACUUAACCAAAUGCAAAACCGCUAUUCUUUCUCUCAUUAUUAGAUCUUUUAUACAAAAUUAUGUUGGUUCACUGUUCAAUGUUAUAAUUUCACUUUAUUUUUCACUUUAAUGUCCAUGUCAUAGCCUUUUCAAGGCAAGUUCAUUCUGCCAAGUGCCCACAUCUGCACAAAGCAAUGAUAAAUCAGUUGCACCUGGCACAUCAUUCCUUACAUAUCUACAUAAUGCAUGUAAUAAUAUAAAAUAAUGUAUUUUUAUAUUUCAGUUGGCUCGCAUCCAGACUGACUAUGUGGCAGAGAAACUGAAGGCACUUUAUCCAGAUGUCCAUCUGGAAAUAGGUGAGAAAAGUAGAGAUGCGUAAUACAAGAACGCUCAUACAGCCAUACACACUCUCUCCCCCUCCCACUCUCUCUUUCUCUCUCUUCCUCCCGCUCUCUCUCUCUUUCCCUCCCGUUUCUCUCUUUCACUCUCUGACUCUCUCUCUCUUUCAUUCCUGCUUUCUCUCUUUCACUCCCAGACUCUCUCUGUAUUUAUCUCCUCUGUCAGCCUUUUCAGUUUCUGAACAAAUAGUAGAUUGUGUUUGGGAGAAGAUGGUGUAAAGCAUACAACUGUACUGACACACAGUUUACUGUCUUUCGGCUUUGUUACUCUGACUGUCUUUAAAGAGAAUCUGCUGAAAUGGAACUGAUGACCUCACUACCACUGUCAUUCAUAGUCAUGAUUGUAAUGCACUACUUUUACAUUCAUUCCAGUUGCCAUGUCCACGAUUGGCGACAAAAUCUUGGACACUGCAUUAUCAAAGGUUUGUUCUGAAUAAAUAAUGCUUGAAAUGUAUUUGUAGGUUUGAGAUCAUUGCCAAACCAUUGCUAUUUUUAUUAACUUUAUCAGUGCUGGUGGAAUGGCAACGUGGCUGGUAUGUCUGUCUACUUCAGCGUCUCAAAGUGUCUUGGUUGUUUCAGAUUGGUGAGAAAAGUCUUUUCACAAAGGAGCUGGAGAAUGCUCUGGAGAGGAAUGAGUAAGUAUGGACAAUGUUAAUGAAAGUAGUUACAGUAUUGAUUUGAGUGACACUCUCCUGGUGACAAGUAGCAAGUCUGAUAAACAGCGCCCUCUGUUGACAGAACUCCGAACUGUAUCAAAUUUCAUUGCAUAAGAACGCAUACAGGUAAACGCCAAAAUAAAGGAAACCCUUGAGUAAAUGAGGAAUACAAAGUAUAUUGAAAGCAGGUGCUUCCACACAGGUGUGGUUCCUGAGUUAAUUAAGCAAAACAUCCCAUCAUGCUUAGGGUCAUGUAUAAAAAUGCCCAUUAUUUUGACUACCAUGGCUAGACCACCAGAUCUCAACCCAAUUGAACACUUAUGGGAGAUUCUGGAGCGGUGCCUGAGACAGCGUUUUCCACCACCAUCAACAAAACACCAAAUGAUGUAAUUUCUCGUGGAAGAAUUGUGUCGCAUCCCUCCAAUAGAGUUCAAGACACUUGUAGAAUCUAUGCCAAGGUGCAUUGAAGCUGUUCUGGCGGGUCGUGGUGGUCCAACGCCCUAUUAAGACACUAUGUUGGUGUUUAAUUUAUUUUGUCAGUUACUUGUAUAUGAGUGCUUUAGAGGUUGGAAAAUUAAACGCAGUUCUUUAUUAAUAAUAAUAAAUAAUAAUAUGCCAUUUAGCAGACGCUUUUAUCCAAAGCGACUUACAGUCAUGCGUGCAUACAUUUUUUUUGUGUAUGGGUGGUCCCGGGGAUCGAACCCACUACCUUGGCGUUACAAGCGCCGUGCUCUACCAGCUGAGCUACAGAGGACCAGUAAUAACUAUAUUGUGAAAUGGGGGUUUAUUUUUGUGUUUUGAAAUGACAAGGCUGCGGAGCUAAUGCAAAAACUUGGGAGUGUACAACUCCUCUAUAACCAGCAUCUCUCUUUCUAACAGGGUAGACCUAGUAGUGCACUCUCUCAAAGACCUCCCUACAACUCUGCCCAAUGGCUUCACUAUAGGAGCAGUGCUUCAGUGAGUACAAACCCUACUUACUACAUCAUCAGCACUGUCCAUUGUCAUCCACACUCUUCUUAUAGUUGGACAGUGUUGUGGGAUGAAUAGCACCAACAACAACAGCCGGAAGCUGAUGUCUUCCAAUGAAUGUCCAUUCAUACAAAUCAAUUUUGAACUGAUCUAUGGAAAUGAGUUUUAGUUUUCACAUUCAUUGAGUCUUUUCUGCAAAAAAGGUAUCCCUUUUGAAUACUAAGAUUCUCUGUGUAUACGCUUUCUCUUCCUUUCCAAUGUUUCUCUAAGGCGUGAAAGCCCACAUGAUGCAGUGGUGCUACAUCCAAGGAACAGUGGGCUCACCCUGGACACCUUGCCAGAUGGCAGGUAGGUGUGCCACUGUGCCAGGGAGAAUAGUGAAUGAUGGAGUCCAAUUCUCAGUGUUCUGUGGUAAACUUGGCACAUCACACAGCCUAUAAAAUCUUCAUCCAUCUUUAAGACGAGGACAUGGCAUGACUGUUACAAUGGUCAAUGUGGAUAUCUAUAUUUGAUCCUUUUGAGAGAAUACUUCAAUGGAUGAUUUUCAAACCAAACUCCACUGAUGUCUGUUCUGUUCUCACAGUGUGAUUGGUACUAGCUCUCUGCGUCGGGCUGCUCAGCUGAAGAAGAGGUUUCCUCACCUGGAGUUUAAAGACAUUGUAUCGUUUUCUAAUGCAGAACUGCUAUGAUUUACUGUCUGUCUCGUUGCUGUCAGUAUUCAUGCAUUUAGCUAUUUAUUGUAGGGGAGACUGGAGGCAAUUGUAACAGUUUUUGUCCUACUCUAUUGCUCAGAGAACACUUUAACUAGGCCAGGCAUUCAGGUUUCUUAUAUGUCUGUACAUAAGACAGUCGGAACACAAUAUUGAUUUUAAUCUGAAAAGUCGCCCAUGCCAGGGGCAAUUGUAACAGUAGCUGGGGUCAAAUGUAACACCUACAAAAUCAACCAAAUAAAUGUACCUUAAUUUAAAAAAGUAAUGUUUAUGAAUAAUUAUAUCAUAGACAUAUGUAAUGAUUUUGCAAGAAAUAUGACUAUUUCUAUGUACGUAACCAAUAAUUACAUGGCCAUUCGGUUCCUCUCAAAACAUCUGAAUAGUCGAUGGUGCCGAGAUUAUAUCCGUUUACAAUUUAUUUGGCACUUUACAGGACCCCAAGGCUAUUUACAGUUAUUAUUUGUACAAUUAAUGUAUAAUUCAUACAAUCUUAAAGUUAAAAUCACUUGUUUUCAUCAUUUGGCUGCUUGGCUCAGGGUCAUUUUAACUGUGUUACAAUUGCCCCAAACCCAGCAGCCAUGACACAACCUCAUGUGCCUAGCAAGAGACAACAUUUACAUUUUAGUCAUUUAGCAGACGCUCUUAUCCAGAGCGACUUACAGUUAGUGAGUGCAUACAUUAUUUUUUUAUACUGGCCCCCCGUGGGAAUCAAACCCACAACCCUGGCGUUGCAAACACCAUGCUCUACCAACUGAGCUACAUCCCUGCCGGCCAUUCCCUCCCCUACCCUGGACGACGCUAGGCCAAUUGUGCGCCGCCCCAUGGGUCAGACAACAAAUCACAUUUUAUUGGUCACAUACACAUAUUUAGCAGGUGUUAUUGCGGGUGUAGCGAAAUGCUUGUGAAAAUGUUUAUGUAAGAAAUAAGACACAAAAAAACGAAAUACUGCAAAGUUGCUUAGAAGCUAGAAGCAGAGCUUCCAUGUCUGUCAGCGCCAUCUUGAAUAGUGACACACGUCAUUCAUGUCAAUGUUUAGCAAACAUAUAGUGCAUAAAUUAUGGUAGUUGGAUUUUAUUGGACAUUAUUGCUCAGGGCAGUGUAAGAAAAAUACAGCCAAUUUUUUAAAAUACUACUUUCACCCCUAAAAAAAAGAAAUUGCCCAUAAAACGUGAGAUAUUUGGCUUUAACUUUUCAAGCAGGGAGGAAACCUAAUUGGGCAUGUACUGUGUGUUUAAUCACUCUAGCUAGUUUCUGUUUGGUGAAAUUCAAGGUGUUACAAUUGCCCUGUCUCCCCUAGUAAUUGUUCCUUAACCUGAGCACUAUAGCGAGGUAACCUCAACACUCGUCUGAAGAAGCUGGAUGAGAAGGAGGACUAUGCUGCCAUCAUCCUGGCGGCAGCAGGGCUGAAGAGGAUGGGGUGGGAGGCACGAGUCAGCCAGGUACAGUACACCCAGCUACCAGCCUCCCCAAACAUCUCUGGUGUGCCUAGCCCACAAGACAAAACUUUUCACAAAACAAUACAAUUGCACAGUGCAUACCUAUAAAUUGACUAGGUAUCCCCCUUUCCUUAAGUUGAUCAAUAUGCUAGGAAAAAUUAUUUGAUAAUUUUGUUGUGUCGUAUGUCUCUUGGUAGCUAUUGUAGCUGCUGUAGAAAUUAAAUGUUUGUUGGGUUUGUCUCUACAGGUUCUUGGCCCUGAGGACUGUAUGUAUGCUGUUGGCCAGGUGGGUACAUGUUUUGUGCUAUUGUGUAUAUUUACAGGAAGCACCUGGGCUGCCAGCCGCUAUAACCGUUACACCAUAAGUGCCACACCGUGCACAUCCGUUCUGCAUGUUGGUGUAGAUUCAUUGUAAAAUAUUUAAUCUUGGAUGACCAAAGGCAUAUGAAUCCUUUGAUGAUAGUUAAAGGUCCAAAACAGCUGUUUUUAUCUCUAUAUUAAAUCAUUUGUAGGUAACAAUAAAGUAACUUACUGUGAUUUGUUUUCAAUAAAAAUUAAUAAAAAUAGCUUCUUAGCAGAGACAUUUCUCAAGAAAGAAUUAUGUUAGGACUGUCUGGAAGUGGUCUGAGUGGGGAGGGGAAAAUUGAAAACUAGCUGUUAUUGGCAGAGAGCUUUGGAACUCUUUCUUAUUGGUUUAUUAACUAAUUUACUGAAAGGGCAUUUUUACAAUUUCACAGUAUUAUUCCAACCUCAAUGUGGAAAUAUACACUCAGUGGCCAGUUUAUUAGGCACACCCAUCUAGUACCAGGUCGGACCCCCAUUUGCCUCCAGAUCAGCCUGAAUUCUUCAGGGCAUGUGCCAGGAAAACAUUCCCCACACCAUUACACCACCGCCACCAACCUGUACUGUUGACACCUGGCAGGAUGGGGCCAUGCAAUAGCCCAUCUGUGACAAGGACUGACGAGUUGUGCCGUUCUGCACACCACUUGUACUGCGCCAUUAUUUGCCUGUUUGUGACCCGCCUGUUAGCUUGCACAAUUCUUGCCAUUCUCCUUCGACCUGCCGCUGACUGGAUGUUUUUUGUUUGUCGCACCAUUCUCGGGAAAACCCUAGACACUCGUGUGUGUGUGAAAAGCCCAGGAGGCUGGCCGUUUCUGAGAUACUGGAACCGGCGCGCCUGGCACCGACAAUCAUACCACACUCAAAGUCGCGUAGGGCACUCAUUUUGUCCAUUCUAACCUUCAAUCAAACAGUAGCUGAAUGCCUCUGCCUGUCUGCCUGCUUUAUAUAGCAAGUCAAGGCCACGUGACUCAAUGUCUGUAGGAGCGAACCAUUUUCGCACCUAAUAAAGUGGCCACUGAGUGUGCGUGUGUCUUCAUAUAUAUAUAUAUAUAUAUAUAUAUAUACAUACAUACAUACAUACAGUGAGGGGGGAAAAGUAUAUGUGUGUAUGUAUAUAUAUAUAUAUAUAUACACACACACAGUUGAAGUCGGUAGUUUACAUACACUUAGGUUGGAGUCAUUAAAACUUGUUUUUCAACCACUCCACAAAUUUGUUGUUAAUAAACUAUAGUUUUGGCAAGUCGGUUAGUUCAUCUACUUUGUGCAUGACACAAGUAAUUUUUCCAACAAUUAUUUACAGACAGAUUAUUUCACUUAUAAUUCACUGUAUCACAAUUCCAGUGGGUCAGAAGUUUACAUACACUAAGUUGACUGUGCCUUUAAACAGCUUGGAAAAUUCCAGAAAAUGAUGUCAUGGCUUUAGAAGCUUCUGAUAGGCUAAUUGACAUCAUUUGAGUCAAUUGGAGGUGUACCUGUGGAUGUAUUUCAAGGCCUACCUUCAAACUCAGUGCCUCUUUGCUUGACAUCAUAGGAAAAUCAAAAGAAAUCAGCCAAGACCUCAGAAAAAUAAUUGUAGACCUCCAGAAGUCUGGUUCAUCCUUGGGAGCAAUUUCCAAACGGCUGAAGGUACCACGUUCAACUGUACAAACAAUAGUACGCAAGUAUAAACACCAUGGGACCACGCAGCCGUCAUACCGCUCAGGAAGGAGACGCGUUCUGUCUCCUAGAGAUGAACGUACUUUGGUGCGAAAAGUGCAAAUCAAACCCAGAACAACAGCAAAGGACCUUGUGAAGAUGCUGGAGGAAACAGGUACAAAAGUAUCUAUAUCCACCGUAAAAACAAGUCCUAUAUCGACAUAACCUGAAAGGCCGCUCAGCAAGGAAGAAGUCACUGCUCCAAAACCGCCAUUAAAAAAGACAGACUACGGUUUGCAACUGCACAUGGGGACAAAUAUCGUACUUUUUGGAGAAAUGUCCUCUGGCACGUUUUGCCAUAUUGGAGAUUAGUUUUGUUUUGGUUGGGCUCGUCCCAGGGGGAUGAGCGUUAGAAAGGUAAAAAGAUAAAAAAUGUACCUCUGUUUUUCAAAACUUCUCAGUUUUAGACAGCUAUAUACAGUACCAGUCAAAAGUUUGGACACACCUACUCAUUCAAGGGUUUUUCUUUAUUUUUACUAUUUUCUACAUUGUAGAAUAAUAGUGAAGACAUCACAACUAUGAAAUAACACAUUUGGAAUCAUGUAGUAACCAAAAAAGUGUUAAACAAAUCAAAAUAUAUUUUAUAUUCUUCAAAGUAGCCACCCUUUGCCUUGAUGAAAGCUUUGCACACUCUUGGCAUUCUCUCAACCAGUUUCUCCUGGAAUGCUUUUCCAACAGUCUUGAAGGAGUUCCCACAUAUGCUGAGCACUUGUUGGCUGCUUUUCCUUCACUCUGCGGUCCAACUCAUCCCAAACAAUUCAAUUGGGUUGAGGUCGGGUAAUUGUGCCUUGAAUUCUAAAUAAAUCACUGACAAUGUCACCAGCAAAGUACCCCCACACCAGCACUCCCCCUCCUCCAUGCUUCACAGUGGGAACCACACAUGCAGAGAUCAUCCGUUCACCUACUCUGCGUCUCACAAAGACACGGCGGUUGGAACCAAAAAUGUCAAAUUUGGACUCAUCAGACAAAAGGAUAGAUUUUCACCGGUCUAAUGACCAUUGCUUGUGUUUCUUGGCCCAAGCAAGUCUCUUCUUAUUAUUGGUGUCCUUUAGUAGUGGUUUCUUUGCAGCAAUUCGACCAUGAAGGCCUGAUUCACCCAGUCCCCUCUGAACAGUUUAUGUUGAGAUGUGUCUGUUACUUGAACUCUGAAGCAUUUAUUUGGGCUGCAAUUUCUGAGGCUGGUAACUCUAAUGAACUUAUCCUCUGCAGCAGAGGUAACUCUGGGUCUUCCUUUCCUUGGUUACUACAUGAUUCCAUAUGUGUUAUUUCAUAGUUUUGAUGUCUUCACUAAUAUUCUACAAUGUAGAAAAUAGUAAAAAUAAAGAAAUACCCUUGAAUGAGUAGGUGUGUCCAAACUUUUGACGGGUGCUGUAUAUAUAUAUAUAUAAACACACACACACACAGUGCAUUCGGAAAGUGUUCAGACCCUUUGACUUUUUCCACAUUUUGUUACAUUACAGACUUGUUCUAAAAUUGAUUAGAUAGUUUUUUUCCCCCCUCAUCAAUCUACUCACAAUACCCCAUAAUGACAAAGCAAAAACAGUUUUUAGUUUUAAUACAUUUGCUAACAUUUCUAAAAACCUGUUUUCGCUAUGUCAUUAUGGGGUGUUGUGUGUAGGUUGAUGAGAAAAAUGUUUUAUUUAAUCCAUUUUAGAAUAAGUCUGUAACGUAAACAAAUGUGGAAAAAGGGAAGGGGUAUGAAUACUUUCCGAAUGCACUGUGUGUGUGUACGUAUGUAUGUGUGUGUGUGUGUAUAUAUAUAUAUAUAUUAUAUAUAUUAUAUAUAUUAUAUAUGUGUGUGUGUAUACAAACAUAGGAAAAUCACGUUUUUGAUUGCCCUGAGCCUUUAAGAGUCUGUAUCCCCCAGGGUGCCCUUGCCGUGGAGGUGCGGGCGCGAGACUGUGACAUCCUGCAGAUGGUGUCUACCCUGCACCACUCAGAGACUGUGCUGCGCUGCAUCGCAGAGAGGGCCUUCCUCAGACGCCUGGCAAGUUAACCAUGCGUUUCCCCAUACACACGCCUGACAAAAACAUACAGGACACCAGCUGGCAGCUGCAGAAUAGUUACGGUUUAAAAGCUGCUGCUUAUAGAAAUAAUGUCUUUCUAGCCUCACACAAUCAAUUUCUUUGGUGUAUGGAUCAUAAUUUGUGUGCAUCAGUAUUACAAACCCUUCUCCUAUACUAUCACUCUGACCCUUGCUGCUUGGUCCUUUGUGUACACAGGAGGGAGGUUGCAGUGUACCAGUUGCUGUGAACACAGAAGUGAAGGACUCGGUGGUAAGGAAAUAGUUAGACAUCUAAUCAGAAUCGGGAAUAGAUGCAGAAACCACCAACCAUAGAGCUGAGCAGAGUAACCUCUAAGCAGUUUGCUGUACUUCCAAUGGCUUCCUGGUUAUUUCAAGUAACCAGGAAGCCUAAACUGUAGAAAUUAAGUUUUCUGUAAUUGAUGAGAGUGAGUGUGCUCAUGUGUUUUAAAUGCUCUUCUCUUCUCUUCCAGCUCUCUCUGACAGGUGCUGUGUACAGUCUGGAUGGAGCUGAUAGCUUGAAGGAGACCAUGGAGACCAGUGUAGACCCAGGCAAUAAGGUUGGGGACAGGGCCUGUUUUUAUAUGGCCGUCAUGCCGUAUUCACUGCCAUAUUCCGAAUGUAUUAUUUACUGUAUGUGAUAUUUUCUGUUUUUGUAUGGUCGUCAUGCUUACGAUUGUCCUGGAAUCUAAACUGAUAUGCUCAGUUUCAACAUUGUGGUGAAAGUUUAGAUUCCUGGCUAGUUUAAUUGUAUUCCUAGAAAGUGAAUGUGAUAUUUUAUCUAAUUGGUUGUCUCCACUUUCCUCUUCUCAGGUAGAGGAGUCAGCAGACAUCCAGCAUGUUGGGGUAACAGCCCACAAUGUGCCUCAGUGUGCCCAGGUAGCAGCUGAGAAGCUGGGGGUGGACCUGGCCGAUCUCCUGCUCAGCAAAGGAGCCAUGGAGAUCCUGACCACUGCUCGGAAACUCAACGACGCCCGCUAAGGCCCUCUCUCCACUCCUACAGCGGGUCACAAUUUGCUCCCUACCCCUUCCUUUGGCUCUCUAACCUUUCGGCCAAGGGGAACGAGUAGGGAGCAAAUUGUGACCGGCUGCCAGACACUGUGCAAGCCAUCAGCAUCCAAGACCAGCAGAAGUCGGGCAGGGCCUUGAAUAAUGUUUACUCUGCAUAUGUAUGGAUUCACCUCAGUUGUAUUAUUGUAUAAGCUAAAUGUAUAUGAUCCUAUUAAUGUAUGACCUACUACUCUUGAGAAUGGGUAAAUACUAGGUGAAGAUUUGUAUAGAUGCUGAGGGUUAGGAAUGUACCAAACCAACACCACACACAGAUUUAUGUGAGUAGGACUGACCAACUCCACAUGCACUAUUACAACUUAACCAUAUGACACAUCUCAGGCAAGGCCCUUGGCCUUUUUUAAAUAUAUUGACAGCAAGAGAAUGUUGUCACAAAUGACUAUAUAAUUAUCAACUCUUACUGGAAAAUGUCUCAUACCGAUAGUGCCAUGUUUGUAUACAUUGAGUUAUGAAUGCCUCAUAGAAAGCACAUAUCUGCUUCAGCUCUUUAAAUACCGACCAGUAGUACUGAGCGAUUAGUGGUUUUUGAGGUCAUUUCGAUUAUUUAAAAAAUGAUCGCAGGGGCUGAUUUUUUUUAAACAUAAAAUGCGGGUUGAAUGCUGUUACAGACUAAAACAAUAAAAGUCCCAUGAUGGUAGUGACUGCUCAUCAGU